AUGUCUACAUUCUACGAUCUCAAGUCAGCCACUCCUCGCAGUGAAGAGUAUUCAUUUGAUCAACUCAAGGGCAAAGUUGUUCUCAUUGUCAACGUUGCCUCCAAUUGCGGUUUCACCCCUCAGUAUACAGGACUUGAGGCUCUUUACAAGAAAUACAAAGAUAGGGGAUUCAUUAUUUUGGGAUUCCCUUGCAACCAAUUUGGUGGGCAAGAACCUGGAUCAGACGAACAAAUUGGCGAGUUCUGUCAAGUCAAUCAUGGGGUGUCUUUCCCCCUCAUGAAGAAAUCCGAUGUCAACGGCGAUGAUGCCAAUGAGGUCUAUAAAUACCUCAAGGCGCAAAAGUCUGGCAUUCUUGGACUCACCCGAAUCAAGUGGAACUUCGAGAAAUUCUUGAUCGACCGCCAGGGCAACGUUGUUGGCCGUUGGGCUUCCACGACAAAGCCUGAAUCUCUCGAGGCAGAUAUUGAAAAGCUCUUGUGA